AUUCAGCCAGGCACUCAAAGCAGCAGCAAUGGAAGAGACAAUACUCCUCAGUAUGGAAGGUGUCAAAAAGAAAAUAUAUCAUGGGGGGAAUGGUGAUUUGCCGAAAUUCAUUACUGGAGCAAAGGUCACUUUCCAUUUUCGCACAUUAAAGUGUGACGAUGAGAGAACUGUGAUUGAUGACAGCAAGAAAGUUGGCGUACCUAUGGAAAUCAUCAUUGGAAACAUGUUCAAACUGGAAGUCUGGGAGAUGUUGCUCUCAUCCAUGAGGAUUGGAGAGGUGGCUGAAUUCUGGUGUGACGUCACACACACUGGGUUAUACCCAUUAGUGUCCAAGAGCCUGCGGCGCAUUGCUGAAGGAAAAGAUCCAACAGACUGGCACAUGCACACCUGUGGAUUGGCCAAUAUGUUUGCCUACCACACACUGGGCUAUGAAGACCUGGAUGAACUACAAAAGGAACCCAAACCUCUUAUAUUUGUUCUUGAACUAUUGAAGGUAGAAUCCCCCAGUGCCUACAAACGAGAAACAUGGGCUCUGAAUAAUGAUGAAAAGCUGAAAGCAGUGCCUAUCCUGCAUGGAGAAGGCAACAGGCUGUUCAAGCUUGGACGCUAUGAAGAUGCAAUCAACAAAUAUAAAGAAGGGGUUAUUUGUUUGAAGAAUCUCCAGACUAAGGAGAAGCCAUGGGAGGUGCCUUGGAUGAAAUUGGAAAAGAUGAUUAACACUUUAGUUUUGAACUACUGUCAAUGCCUGCUUCGCAUGGAAGAGUACUAUGAAGUAAUAGAACAAACAACUGACCUAAUUCAACACCACCCAGGUCUAACAAAGGCGUAUUUUAUCAGAGGAAAAGCAAAUGCUGAAGUGUGGAAUGAGGCAGAAUCUAAGAAAGAUUUUGAUAAAGUCCUGGAAAUGGACCCAGCUAUGAGUAAAGUAGUAAAGAAGGAAAUUCGAAUCCUGGAAUGUAGAAUGCAGGAAAAGGAAGAAGAGGAAAAACUGAGAUAUAAGAACCUUUUCUCAGAAACUAAUGAAAAAUAAUGUGCGAUCACUCUGAUUGCGCGUACAGCAUUGGUGCACUAACAAAGACAAAACAAAUGGUGCAAGGUGAUCAGUUACAAACUUGUACUAUUAUGUGGGCAAGUAGAAAGUAGCUGGGUGUAGCUUGAUUGCAUUCUGAAUGGAAUUGCUAAAUGGAAUGUAUAUAUUACAUAUAUAUUUUAUUAGCCAGCAGUAUUUGCUCUGUAUUUCUAUUUCUAUUAGCUCUCAUGUUUCCUGAACUGAUAGCAGCAAUAAUAAGUUGGGCCAGGCUACAACUGUUGGGUUGAGAAGCAAAUCCCAUUUAGUGAGUGCACCGCACUACAUUUGAAUGUUUAACAGAUUGAAGUUUAUUAAUAUCAACUGCACUGUUUUUUCUAGAUAUACCAAUUUUCUAUUACUUGGUAAAUUACAGGGACUUACUUUACCUUACUGGGUUGCAGUGAUAUGCUUUUCCUUUAUAUCCUAUACACAGGGCUUUAUUUACAGUAGGUUUGCACCGCACUACAUUUGAAUGCUCAACAGAUUGAAGCUGAUUUAUUAAAUAUCAACAGCACUGUUUUUUCUAGAUAUGACAAUUUUCUAUUACUUGGUAAAUUACAGGGACAUACUGUCACUUUCUGGGUUGCAGUGGUAUGCUUUUCCUAUAUAUCCUAUACACAGGGCUUUAUUUAAAGUAAGUUUGAUGCUGCCUAACACGCAACCACAGGCAAUCAGCGUAUGUACAGGCUGUUCCAUGUUCCAUCACCAGAUUGAGCCACAAGUAGCCAGUGAAGGGCUGGUGACAUUUUUAUUUUGUGAUUUUUAAUUUACCAUACAGGCACCCAAGGGCCACCCUCCCAAAGCUGCACUCUAAGCAUGGGCCCUCGGGUGUCUAUAUGAUAAAUGCAGCCCUGCCUAUGUGCAUAGUUUGUAUUUUAUGCCUUGUCAAAUAUGGGUUUCAUUUAGUCUGAGAUUUAGCUAGUAAUCUUGUUAACAACAGUAAAUUUCUUUUUGCCAUCCUUCAAUGUAUAUCAGUAUAUAUUUGUAUUUUCAAGUAUUCAUUUGUGUUUUAUGAAUAUCGUAGAGCACAAUGAAAAAUGCUUGAUUCUGCAAUAUUUCUUUUCUAGGCUGGAACAGAAACAGAAUGUUCAGAGCACAAAAUAAACUGAUUGUUUUUGGUACUUGAUAGAUACUUCUUCAUAGGGCACUUUCAGUACUCCUAGGGGGCUGUUUACUAACCAUCAGAAUUUUUUUUUUUCCGUUUCGGAUUUUUAUUUGCAGAAAAUAAAAUUAGGAUUUUUCUGAGAUUGACGAUGCGUUAAAACGGCUAAAAAUCUGAAUCUGCCAAUUUGCCAGCUAAAACUUGCCGAGAUCAUGUGGAAGUCAGUGGCAGAUGAGGCAGAUGCACACUGUGCCACACAAUGGCAGAUAUCCAGUUCCCUUCCCUGGAGGACCCUUCUUUCAAAGCUGUAAAAGUUUUGGAUUUUUGACGCUGGUUUUUUUUUUUUGUGUGACAAUUUGAAAAAGUCAUAGUUUCGAUGCGACAAAUAAAAAAAUUCAGCAUUUCCUUGACUUUUCUGCAACUUUUCCCGCACUGACUUUUUUCAGUUCAGACUUUUUAGUAAAUAUAAGACAUUCAUGGAAACAAGUAUACUUGAAACAAGUUACCAAAAUACAACUCAGCAUCCUUAUUUUAGCUGUAGUUCUGUAUCUGAAUCUCUAAAAAUGCGUCUCCUUUCUAUAUUCAAUAAGUAGAAGACAAACACUUCCUAUAAAGAGAACAUAUUUGCCCUUUAAAAUAUUCUAAUGCUUCUUCCAUUAUGGGGAGAUUUUUUCUAGUUGUUGCACCGAAACCAGCAUCAAAAAUGUGAAACCCCUAACAUUUCGAAGCAAAAGGAGGAUCCUCCAGGGAAGGGACAUCUGCCAUUGACUUCUACAUGAUCUCGGCAAGUAAAUGGCCCCCUUAGAGUGUAGAUUUAAAUGAGUAUUGAAUCAGUACUCUGAUUCCUACUAGCCUGUUCUUUUUUUAAAGCAAGGUAUUUGUAUGGCAUUUCAUCUCUCAAGCCAUUUGCAAAUAUUCCUGCACUCAUGCACUUACGCUAUUCCCACAGAACUAGAGAUCACCUUUCCAGUUAUACGGUCAUAUCCUAUAGAGCAGGGGUCCUCAAACUACGGCCCGCAGGCCGAAUACGACCCCCCAAUGUCAUUUACCUGGCUCCCGCACCAGCUGUGUCCUCACCCUGGCUACUAUCUGUCUGCCUCAGAGUGUCCCUCAUGCCGGCCGGUAUGACACGGUGACAUGACGUGCUGGGGCCAAGGACCACGCUGAGGCAGACAGGUAGUAGCCAGGGGACUGUGAACUGGCCCCUUGUUUAAAAAAAUUGAGGACCCCUGCUAUAAAGCUUCCACUAUUGAUGUUGCAGAAAUUCUUUUCUUUGUGUUUGUUGCUAUAAUUAUUCAUUAAUACUUGGCUCUGUGCACAUGUAUGAAGCCAUGCAUAUAACAUGCAUAAGUUAAUUCUACAUUGUUGUGUGUUUCCCCUCUGUUGUACAGAACUAUGUCAUUCACUUGUAUAUGAACAUUUAAACUUUCUUAUUUUCUAUUAUAGAAUCUCUAUUAAACUAUAAAGUGUCACAAAA